CCCAGAACCCAAACCCUAGCUUUCGCUGAUCUGCUCCUCAGGUUAUACAUAAUUUCUUCGCAGAGAACUGCUUUAUCAAGUUGUUCACACAAGGGGUAUUUCUAAGCAAGGAAUGAUCUUUUGCAUGACAUUUUGAUGCUCAUGCAAUGUCUGGAUUACUUAAUUCUUCUCUAAACGGGUCAGCCUCAAAUCUUCCGGACAGUAGUGGACGUUUUGCUACAUCUUUCUCUGGUCAAUCGGGUGCUGCCUCUCCUGUAUUUCAUCACGCAGGAUCUAUUCAAGGGUUGCAUAACCUUCAUGGGAGCUUCAAUGUUCCCAACAUGCCUGGUACAUUAACUUCAAGAAACUCAACAUUAACUAACGUUCCUUCUGGUGGAGUCCAACAACCAACUGGAAGCCUUUCUGGUGGACGAUUUUCAUCGAAUAAUCUUCCUGUUGCUCUGUCUCAGUUAUCUCAUGGAAGCUCUCAUGGACAUUCAGGAGUCACUAAUAGAGGAGGUGUAAGUGUAGUUGGAAACCCUGGAUUUAGUAGUAGCACAAAUGGAAUUGGCGGUUCUAUUCCUGGGAUUCUCCCUACCUCUGCUGCAAUUGGUAACCGUAAUGCUGUUCCCGGAUUGGGUGUAGGCCAAAUUUUGGGAAAUGCAGGUCCUCGGAUUACAAGUUCCAUGGGAAACAUGGUUGGUGGGGGCAACAUUGGGAGGAGUAUUAGCUCUGGUGGAGGCUUGUCGGUUCCUGGUCUUACUUCCCGUCUGAAUUUAAGUGGAAAUAGUGGAUCUGGUAGCUUAAAUGUCCAAGGGCAGAAUCGCUUAAUGGGCGGUGUCCUUCCACAAGGGUCCCCACAGGUUAUGUCAAUGUUGGGAAAUUCUUAUCCAACUUCUGGAGGUCCACUUUCCCAAAGCCAUGUCCAAGUGAAUAAUUUGAGCUCUAUGGGAAUGUUGAAUGACGUAAAUUCUAAUGACAGUUCUCCUUUCGACUUGAAUGAUUUCCCGCAAUUAACAAGCCGUCCUAGUUCUGCGGGAGGCCCUCAAGGGCAAUUGGGCUCAUUGCGAAAACAAGGUCUUGGCGUUAGUCCUAUUGUUCAACAAAACCAAGAGUUCAGCAUCCAAAAUGAAGAUUUUCCAGCUUUGCCUGGAUUUAAAGGUGGUAAUUCUGAUUAUCCAAUGGAUAUGCACCAGAAAGAACAACUUCACGACAAUACCGUGUCAAUGAUGCAGUCCCAGCACUUCCCAAUGGGAAGGUCUGCUGGAUUUAACUUGGGAGGGACUUAUUCAUCUCAUCGUCCACAACAGCAACAACAACAUGCUCCAUCAGUCAGCAGUAGUGGUGUCUCAUUUUCUCAAGUAAACAAUCAGGAUCUUCUCCAUUUGCAUGGCUCAGAUAUAUUCCCAUCAUCACAUUCAACCUAUCACUCACAGACAAGUGGACCUCCUGGCAUUGGAUUGAGACCUUUAAAUUCUGCCAAUGCAGUUUCUGGGAUGGGUUCUUAUGACCAGCUGAUCCAGCAGUAUCAACAACACCAAAAUCAGUCACAGUUUCGUCUGCAACAGAUGUCACCAGUCAAUCAAUCGUUUAGGGAUCAGGGAAUUAAGUCGAUGCAGACCACACAAUCUGCUCCAGACCCAUUUGGUUUGCUUGGUUUGUUAAGUGUCAUAAGGAUGAGUGAUCCUGAUUUAACAUCUCUUGCUCUUGGAAUUGAUUUGACAACACUUGGCUUAAACUUGAAUUCAACAGAGAAUCUGCACAAGACUUUUGGUUCCCCAUGGUCUGAUGAGCCAGCUAAGGGUGAUCCAGAGUUUAGUGUACCCCAAUGUUAUUAUGCUAAACAACCACCUGCACUACAUCAAGGAUAUUUUUCAAAAUUCUCAGUGGAAACAUUAUUUUACAUAUUUUACAGCAUGCCUAAAGAUGAAGCUCAAUUACAUGCUGCAAAUGAACUUUAUAACAAGGGCUGGUUUUAUCACAAGGACCUCCAUCUAUGGAUUACAAGAGUCCCCAACAUGGAGCCGCUUGUUAAGACAAACACAUAUGAGAGAGGGUCUUAUCACUGUUUUGAUCCCAACACAUUUGAAAUAGUUCGAAAGGAUAAUUUUGUUGUGCAUUAUGAGAUGUUGGAUAAGAGACCGACGUUACCUCAGCACUGACUGAUAUUUUCAAUUUAGAAUGUAAAGUUUUAGCUUACGAUUUUCAUUAACUAGAACAUAAUCAGUUGUUUCUUUGAUUUGGCAAUUGUAAGCAAUUACCAAUCUUUUAGCAGCCAAUUAAAAAAAAAUACCCUUUUCUUUUUCUA